AUGCAGCUGAGCCGCGCCGCCGCCGCCGCCGCCGCCGCCGCCCCUGCGGAGCCCUCGGCGCCGCUGUCCCCCGUGCCGGCCCCGGCCCCCCCCGGCCCCCUCCCGCGCAGCGCGGCCGACGGGGCUCCGGUGGGGGGGCAGGGGGGGCCGGGGCGCCGCGAGGAGCCCCGGGGCGCCCAGCUCCCGGCCGCGAGCGGCCACGGCCGGGGCGCGGGGAUGGACGGCCCCGGGGCCAGCGCCGUGAUCGUGCGCGUCGGCAUCCCGGACCUUCAGCAGACGAAGUGCCUGCGCCUGGACCCGGCCGCGCCGGUGUGGGCAGCCAAGCAGCGCGUGCUCUGCGCCCUCAACCACAGCCUCCAGGACGCGCUCAACUACGGGCUCUUUCAGCCGCCCUCCCGGGGCCGCGCGGGCAAGUUCCUGGACGAGGAGCGGCUCCUGCAGGAAUACCCGCCCAACCUGGACACGCCCCUGCCCUACCUGGAGUUUCGAUACAAGCGACGAGUUUAUGCCCAGAACCUUAUUGAUGAUAAGCAGUUUGCAAAGCUUCACACAAAGGCGAACCUGAAGAAGUUUAUGGAAUAUGUCCAGCUGCACAACACGGAAAAGGUGGCACGCCUGCUGGACAAGGGGCUGGACCCCAAUUUCCACGAUCCUGACUCAGGAGAGUGUCCUCUGAGCCUUGCGGCCCAGCUAGACGACGCCACAGACCUGCUGAAGGUGCUGAGGAACGGCGGUGCUCACCUGGACUUCCGCACCCGCGACGGGCUCACCGCUGUGCACUGUGCCACGCGCCAGCGGAAUGCGGCGGCCUUGACGACCCUGCUGGACCUGGGCGCUUCCCCCGACUACAAGGACAGCCGCGGCCUGACGCCCUUGUACCACAGCGCCCUGGGUGGGGGAGACGCCCUCUGCUGUGAGCUGCUUCUGCACGACCACGCUCGGCUGGGGACCGCCGACGAGAAUGGCUGGCAGGAGGUCCACCAGGCCUGCCGCUUCGGGCACGUGCAGCACCUGGAGCACCUGCUGUUCUACGGAGCCAACAUGGGGGCUCAGAACGCCUCGGGGAACACAGCCCUGCACAUCUGUGCCCUCUACAACCAGGAGAGCUGUGCCCGCGUCCUGCUUUUCCGUGGAGCCAAUAAGGAUGUCCGCAAUUAUAACAGCCAGACAGCCUUCCAGGUGGCCAUCAUAGCAGGGAACUUUGAGCUUGCGGAGGUCAUCAAGACUCACAAAGAUUCGGAUGUUGUACCAUUCAGGGAAACCCCCAGCUAUGCGAAGCGGCGGCGGCUGGCUGGCCCUAGCGGCCUUGCCUCUCCUCGGCCCCUGCAGCGCUCGGCCAGCGACAUCAACCUGAAGGGUGAGGUGCAGCCAGCAGCUUCUCCUGGACCUUCACUGCGAAGCCUCCCCCACCAGCUGCUGCUCCAGCGGCUGCAGGAGGAGAAAGACCGGGACCGGGAUGGUGACCAGCAGAGUGACGGCAGUGGCCCCGCAGCAGGCAGGGGCAGCCAGAGUAAGAUCAGCCCGAGCGGUCCCGGCGGCCCCGGCGGCCCCGGUCCCGUGCCCGGCCCUGGCCCGGCGCCCCCCGCGGCCCCCGCGCCGCCGCCCCGGGGCCCGAAGCGGAAACUUUACAGCGCUGUCCCCGGCCGCAAGUUCAUCGCCGUGAAGGCGCACAGCCCGCAGGGCGAGGGCGAGAUCCCGCUGCACCGCGGCGAGGCCGUGAAGGUGCUCAGCAUUGGGGAGGGCGGUUUUUGGGAGGGGACCGUGAAAGGCCGCACAGGCUGGUUCCCGGCUGACUGCGUGGAGGAGGUGCAGAUGAGACAGUAUGACACGCGGCACGAAACCCGGGAGGACCGGACGAAGCGACUUUUCCGCCACUACACGGUGGGCUCCUAUGACAGCCUCUCUGCACACAGCGAUUAUGUCAUUGACGACAAGGUGGCUGUCCUGCAGAAACGGGACCACGAAGGCUUUGGUUUUGUGCUCCGGGGGGCCAAAGCAGAGACCCCCAUCGAGGAGUUCACGCCCACGCCGGCCUUCCCAGCGCUUCAGUAUCUCGAGUCGGUGGACGUGGAGGGCGUGGCCUGGAGGGCCGGGCUGCGCACGGGGGACUUCCUAAUCGAGGUGAAUGGAGUGAACGUGGUGAAGGUCGGGCACAAGCAGGUGGUGGCUCUGAUCCGCCAGGGCGGGAACCGCCUCGUCAUGAAGGUGGUGUCAGUGACAAGGAAGCCUGAAGAAGAUGGGGCUCGGCGCAGAGCCCCGCCGCCCCCUAAGAGGGCCCCCAGUACCACGCUGACCCUGCGCUCCAAGUCCAUGACGGCGGAGCUCGAGGAGCUUGAGAAGCUGGACGAGAUCCUGGCAGCUGCCACGGAGCCGGCGCUGAGGCCAGACAUCGCGGAUGCUGACUCAAGAGCUGCCACCGUCAAACAGCGGCCCACCAGUCGGAGGAUCACCCCUGCCGAGAUCAGCUCACUGUUUGAGCGCCAGGGCCUCCCAGGCCCAGAGAAGCUGCCAGGCUCCCUGCGGAAGGGGAUUCCACGGACCAAAUCUGUAGGGGAAGAUGAGAAGCUGGCGUCCUUGCUGGAGGGGCGCUUCCCAAGGAGCACGUCGAUGCAGGAUUCAGUGCGCGAGGGCCGAGGUAUCCCGCCCCCGCCGCAGACCGCACCGCCGCCCCCGCCCGCACCCUACUACUUCGACUCCGGGCCGCCCCCCGCCUUCUCGCCGCCGCCUCCGCCGGGCCGCGCCUAUGACACCGUGCGCUCCAGCUUCAAACCCGGUCUGGAGGCGCGCCUGGGCGCGGGCGCCCCGGGCCUGUAUGAUCCCGGCGCGGCCCUGGGGCCGCUGCCCUACCCGGAACGGCAGAAGCGCGCGCGGUCCAUGAUCAUCCUUCAGGACUCGGCGCCCGAGGCAGGCGACGUCCCCCGGCCCCCGCCAGCGGCCACUCCGCCGGAGCGCCCGAAGCGUCGGCCGCGGCCGCCCGGCCCCGACAGCCCUUACGCCAACCUCGGCGCCUUCAGCGCCAGCCUCUUCGCGCCGUCCAAACCUCAGCGCCGCAAAAGCCCGCUGGUGAAGCAGCUGCAGGUGGAGGAUGCGCAGGAGCGCGCGGCCCUGGCCGUGGGUAGCCCUGGCCCGGCGGGCGGCAGCUUCGCCCGGGAGCCCUCCCCGACACACCGCGGGCCUCGGCCGAGCGGCCUCGACUACAGCCCCGGAGACGGCCCCGGGCUCGCGUUCGGCGGCCCGGCCCCAGGCAAGGACCGGCGGCUGGAGGAGCGGCGGCGCUCCACCGUCUUCCUGUCUGUCGGAGCCGUCGAGAGCAGCCCUCCUAGCGCAGAUAUGCCCUCCCUACAGCCCUCCCGCUCCAUUGACGAGCGCCUGCUGGGGGCCGGCGCCACCACCGGCCGUGACCUCCUGCUGCCCUCCCCUGUCUCUGCUCUGAAGCCAUUGGUUAGCAGCUCGAGCCUUGGGCCUUCGGGCUCCACCUUCAUCCACCCGCUCACCGGCAAACCCCUGGACCCCAGCUCACCCCUGGCCCUUGCCCUGGCUGCCCGGGAGCGGGCUCUGGCCUCCCAGGCGCCCUCCCGCUCCCCCACACCUGUGCACAGCCCUGACACCGACCGCCCUGGGCCCUUGUUUGUGGAUGUGCAGGCUCGUGACACUGAGCGAGGGCCCCUGGCCUCCCCAGCCUUCUCCCCGAGGAGCCCCGCCUGGGUUCCUGUGCCUGCUCGCAGGGAAGCCGAGAAAGCUCCCCGGGAGGAGCGGAAGUCACCGGAGGACAAGAAGUCCAUGAUCCUCAGCGUCCUGGACACAUCCCUGCAGCGGCCAGCCGGCCUCAUCGUCGUGCACGCCACCAGCAAUGGGCAGGAGCCCGGUGGGCUGGGGGCUGGAGAGGAGCGCCCGGGCACCCCAGAGCUGGCCCCGGCCCCCACGCAGUCGGCCGUGGUGGCAGAGCCCCUGCCUAGCCCCCGGGCCCAGCCCCCUGGCAGUACCCCGACAGACCCCGGGCUGGGCCAGGGCAGCUCAGAGGAGGAGCCAGAGCUGGUAUUCGCCGUGAACCUGCCGCCGGCCCAGCUGUCCUCCAGCGAUGAGGAGACCAGAGAGGAGCUGGCCCGCAUCGGACUCGUGCCGCCUCCUGAAGAGUUUGCCAAUGGGGUCCUGCUGGCCACCCCACUCCCUGGCCCAGGUCCCUCGCCCGCCACGCUGCCAGGCCCGGCCUCAGGGAAGCCGAGCAGCGAGCCGCCCCCUGCCCCCGAGUCCGCAGCGGAUUCGGGGGUGGAGGAGGCCGACACGCGCAGCUCCAGCGACCCCCACCUGGAGACCACGAGCACCAUCUCCACAGUGUCCAGCAUGUCCACCCUGAGCUCGGAGAGUGGGGAACUCACCGACACCCACACGUCCUUCGCCGACGGACAUACUUUUCUACUCGAGAAGCCACCAGUGCCUCCCAAGCCCAAGCUCAAGUCCCCGCUGGGGAAGGGGCCGGUGACUUUCAGGGACCCGCUGCUGAAGCAGUCCUCCGACAGCGAGCUUAUGGCCCAGCAGCAUCAUGCCGCCUCCGCCGGGCUGGCCUCCGCUGCCGGGCCUGCUCGCCCUCGCUACCUCUUCCAGAGAAGGUCCAAGCUGUGGGGGGACCCCGUGGAGAGCCGGGGGCUCCCCGGGCCCGAAGACGACAAGCCAACUGUGAUCAGUGAGCUCAGCUCCCGCCUGCAACAGCUGAACAAAGACACCCGCUCCCUGGGGGAGGAGCCGGUUGGCGGCCUGGGCGGCCUGCUGGACCCCGCCAAGAAGUCGCCCAUCGCGGCAGCUCGGCCCACGGGAGAGUGAGCCUCUUUCCCUCAGGAGUUCCUGCAGAAUCCCAGCCUCCGAUUGGCUUCGUGUGGAUCCCCUGCCUCCCCUGAAACGGUCACUGGGGUCAGGGAGGCAUAGGGCUACUGUUGGCCAGGCCUGCCUCAUAUGCUAUCCUGGGAGCCAGGGCAUGGGGUCAGCCAGAGCUACCGGAUGGGUGCUGAGUGAGGGGGGCGGGUAUCCAAAGGAACAUCAGGUGCUGUUCCCACAGGUGCCAGAUGCCGGAGAGCCUGAAACAAGAGGCUCCCUGUGCCACGGCAUUCGCCAGCUCUCGCACCUGGCUUUGUUCCCUGACAUCGGCCUGGGCUCAGGGGGCCCUGGAUCCCCACCCUCAGCAGCUUGCAUCUGAGUUUGUAUUCUUGGGCAAACCACUUAACCUCAGUGAACUUCAGUCCCAGCCCUGUGAAAUGGUGAGGGUGACCAGGCCCUCAGGCGGGCCGGUAGGAGGACUCUUAGGGUCCUUACGGGAAAAUGAGCGCUCUGCACUGGAAAAGGCCAGUCACGUUACCUCCUCUUCAGAGCAAUUCUGUUCGAUGGAUAAUAAUAGAAUCUCCAUUUUCCAGCCGAUAAAAUUGAGCUUCUGAGGAGAUCCAUUCCAGCGGCAGAUGGUGGCAUCUGGCCUCAAGCCCCACUCUCUGUCCACUGGAGUAUGGGGCCCCUGUCAUUCAGCCGCUUCUAGUGACGGACACUGUGUUCACGUGCCGCAGUCCCCUCACACAGAAGGGCGUGUGUUCGUUCUGUAGACCGAGCCUCUGUCUGUCGGUCAGGUGUGUGACAGACGGCACGUGGGUUCUGAAAUCACCUGCGGUUGAGCCCAGCCGGUGCCGCUCGAGAGGCCCAGCAGCUCCCGUCCGCCCUGCGCUUCCACUCCCACUUCCCUCCACAUUUCCUCCUGCUCCUGCUCACACUUCCUUCCUUCCUUCCAUCCUCUGACGCGCCCCUUCUUGCCCUCGGACCUGGGUGGAACCGUGGCCCCCGGGUGGGCCCCACUGCCUGUCCUGGACCCUUUACUUCCGGCCCCUGGCAGGCGGCUGAGCGGAGACGCUGUGGCCAUGUCCCGUCAGCCCCGCACGUGGCCGGCAGUGGCCGUGGUGCCCAUCGGCGCUGCUGGGCAGCUCUUGUUUUGCCGCCAGCGGCGGCUAGAGUCUGACACUCAUUUCUCACACAGCGAUAAAAGUGCUAGUGAUACUGUCUUUCAGAGACAUGUCCAAAGUGCAGGAAGUUCUGAUGUCCCAGCGGGGCUGUUUCCUUCCCAGGAUGGAUCCUAGCUGAAGCCCUAGGGCAGUUGCCACGGCCACCCAGUGGGUCACACCCCUGUGCCUUGUCCACUGGCCCCCAUGUGUUCCCUCGCAGGCCUGCCCCUCUCCUCACCCGACAGACACCACAAGAGAGGAAGCGCCUGCUCUGCCCACCUUCCUCGCUGGCAGCUCAGUCUAGGCUCCGGCGUCCUUCCCCCGCAAGACACUCUGCGGCCCGAGGUCUAGGAAGACCUCAGAAGGGGAAGGGGACGUUACCCCUUAUGUCAUGGACUUGAAGCACCUUGUGGAAAUGGCACUGGGGCAUCCGGAAGGCCCAUGGCCUUUGGCUUUUUGGAACUUUGGUCCCAGACCAUCCACCUCUUUAUGCUUCUGGCUUUGGGUCUAGCCUGAUAGGCAGAACAUUUGUCUGCUCAGAGCCCCACAUCUGCUCUGAACUCCCUUUGUCUUCCAGACCCCACGGGUGGUCUGAGGGGCACAUGUCUCUGAGCCCCACAGCAAUACUCAGUUUUGCUGUGGCCCUCAGUUUGACACCUGUCUGACCGUCACAUCUGAUGUUACAGAAAAAAGUUCAUGGCGAAAUAGCUUUGGAAACCCAAAGUUGAUGAGGUUUCUUUCCUGCAGUACUUCUCAGAACUUUUGAUGUGCUGUGUGCUGUGGUCUCGGACAGCUUCUUUAGUAGAUCACUAAUUAGCAUCCCACAGAAGACGCACGUUUCUGCGAUGGUGGAGAAACCCCGCCCUGGGGACCUACUGUGAGCUCUGUCCUGCUAGCCCAUCCGACAGGGAUCUGGAUAAAGCCAUACAUGACUGCAGGUGCCUCAGGGCUUAUUCUUUUGAAACUGGACCUGUUGUUUGCCGGCCAGUGCAGGGCACAGGGGCCAGGAUGUGCUCUGUCCUUGCGGAGGUCCUCACAGGUUGGGGACCUGUGAGGUGUGUUUUCGCGGGAGAUGUGAUCAGGGCUUCAGGAGUUCACGGAACUCUGCUAGGGGAGCGGGAAGGGGUCACAGAGGAGGGGUCAUAGGGGCAUCUGGGUGCAUCAAGGUUGGAGCCAUGACCUAGUGUGGGCGGUGAGAAGUUAGGGCUGGAGUGAGACACAGAGACCAGAGAGAGUGCAAUGGGACGCUCACAAGCCCGUAUAUAGUUUGUGCUUCUGUUGAAGAGUAUUUCCGUUAAUGAGGCUCUUAAAUUUCAAAAGGCCACAGGCCUAGACCUGCCCUGCGUGAGUGCAGUGGCAGAAGGCUCCAGGCAGGGACCAGGGCCGGAGUGGGCUUUUUCUUGCCUGUUGGCACCAAUGGGUUGACAGGCAGUCGAGCCUGAGAGUGACAUGUCACAUUGUUUUAUAACAUUUUUUCAGUGCAUAUUGUGUUCCUGGCUUUGAGCUAGGCACCAAGCGUCAAGUAUAGCAAUUAGGAAGUGAGAGGAAAGGUCCCGAGUGAGAGCGCGGAAGGUCUGGGUCCGAGGUGGCUGCGGGCGAGGAGGGCCAGGGUUAAUGCUGGGAGUUGGUGGCGCAUCGGCCAUGGCGGGGAGGAUGGAGCGGCUGAUGGUGGCUCGCAGGCCUCUGGUGUGGGCAGGACUGGGGCGAGGGAGAGCGUGUUUGGAGACCCCAGGAGAGGUCUGGGGAGAGUCGUUGGCUUCACAUGUGGCCUUCUUGGCCACAUCGGUCACAGGAAAGGGUGGGAGUGGGUGACAUGGCCUGGGAGAAAGUGCGAACUGAGAGGGGAGCCCAUCUAGGAAGGAAGGGGUAGAGGAGAGGGUGCCGGGCGCGGGGUGGUGGGGCAGGAGCAGACCUCACUGGUCGAGGAGUCACGAGGAAGCAGGCAGUGCAAGGUUCAGACACUGGUGGUGAAGUUGCUGGGGAGUGUGGAGCCUGGCUGAGACGUCUGGGGAAAGACCGGAAGGCGUCCAGGGGUGCUGUGCCUAGUGAGGUACCACAUGUUAGAGAGUGGGUGGUCCAGAAGCCCUCUGGGAGGCUGGCAGCGGUUGUGAUGUGGCCAUGCCGUGGUCAGAGGCUGGCUGGGGAGGCCGUCAGACAGCUCAGAGUGGUGAUGGACAGCAAUGGCUCUGCAGAGGUGGUGUGGAAACAUGUGGACCUUGACCAUGGACACUCCCGGGUGCCUGGCCUGGGACAAUGUGGGAAGUGCCCUGUUCCCCAAGAGGAAGGGGAGAAGCAGCAGACAUCUGGGCCGUGGGCAUCCCCGGCCACUCCCUGCUAUGCCCUGGGGCCUUAGGAGUGUGACCCGCCCUCUCCCCUGCGCUCCGCUGGGUCAGUCCCUCACUCAUGGUACCUCCUGGCACCAGCCCUAGCCUCUGGCAGGUGCCCACCUCCCCACACCCAGUAUCUCCCCUCGGCAGGGUCUCCCUGGUGCUUCUGAGCCAGUCUGCCCUCAUCCUAGGCCUCCAGCUCAGCCCCUGCCAGGGCUCCAGACCGUGCUCCAGGGGACUCUGGGGGUGGGCCACGCAGAACUGCAUCCCGAGAUGCAGGUCCCCGUGCCAGGGUGGGAUGCUUGAGGCCCCGGGGUGCGGGAGGGCCCAAUCCCCCAGCACUGCCCCCUCGCCCUCUCCCUAGCAAUCACGACCACUUGGGCACCUACCACCUCCGUGGCACCCUCCCCCACCCUCCACUGCCGCCCCACUUUGCUCCGGAACCCAGGCGGUACCGUGGAGGUCAGACGUGGGAGAGGGGAGGGUCUCUUCUGGUGAUCGGUGCCUGUUCCUUGAGCCCAUCACCCCAGGCGUCCUUUGAGUCCCUCUCUGCUGGGUGGGGGAAGCAUGGUCUGGCCUCUUCAAGAGGCUCUGCUCUGGGUCUGAGCAGGUGGGCGAGGCAGCAGGGACAGAGGCUGAGGAGAGGGAGCCAGUGGAAGGCAGUGGAAACCAGGCUGAGUGGGAGGGACAGAGCUGGGUCUCCAGCGGGAGGCUCACCUUGCACGGCUGAGACAGGAAGAGACCAAACCUGCUUUCAGGGGAGGAGGGAUGCUCAGGGCGCCCGUGCAGUGUGGGACAGGUGCCAGUCAGGGUAGCACAGAGGUGGGUGGGGGAACCCAGGGGAGGGGUCCUUAGCCCAGUGUGGGCAAGGGCAGGGAGAGGGAGGUGCGACGGCAGCUGGAGAGAGGCCCCUCAGGCAGCAGCAACGCAAGGGGACACGAAGCGUCCCCAAGUGCCAGGGGUCUGCUGAGCAGCUGCCGCACAGGGCUCUUAGUAAAGCCUGUGGACGGACACCACUGUGGUCUGCACUUCACAGGCCAGAGAACAGCUCACAGGCAAGCCAGGAGCCCACCCAGCUCUGCCCACGUCGUGCCCGCACUUUCCUUCCUCCAGCAGCUCCAGAUGUGUUCCCUCCCAUCUCACCUGGGCCCACUGCACCUGAAUCCCUCCCUUACUGGGUAUCUGGCCAGGGGGUCCCUGCACCUGGCUGCCCUCCCUGUGGUCGUGACUGGGGGCCAUGUGCCUGCUCUGAGGGCCUGGGCCGCUAACACUCUCUCUCAUUGCUCUCUCCCGCCCAUCUGCAUGUGGCUGCUCUGUCUAGCUGCGCGGUGGUCCCGAGCGCCGGCUGUGUAAGUGAGCAUGCCCAUCCCAUGCCUCUCGCUGUCUGUGCGCUGCACCUGCCCACCUGGAUCUCUGCUCUGCGUGGCUUCAUGGGGCUUUGGUGCCACUGACGGCCCCAUGAGGCUU